AUAUAAGCAUAUUAACUUUUUAUCUCAAGAUCAACAUGAGGAUUUCGGUGAUAGUCUGUUUUGCUAUCACCGCAUGGACAGCGUCCAGUGUCUGCGCUGUUGACACGAGUCACAUAACAGACGGUCUGCAUCUGGCUGGUGACAUCGCAGGGUACAUAGAACAACAGGACUUCACAAAGACCAUCACCAAGCUUGCCUCGUCUGCGUCAUCAUACUUUGGAAUCGUCGGAACUGUAUUAGGCUUUGUUUUUAGUUUAUUUGACUCGGGGCCUUCAGCUGAAUUGUUGGCGAUAGAAAAGUUGAGCAAGGAAGUAGCUCUCCGGUUUGAUCGAGUUGAUCAUCAGUUCACUGCAGUCAAGCAUGAAAUAGACUGGAAAAGGGUUGAGUUGCAGUUCUCUGCAUAUGAGAGUAAAAUCCAUGCCGUCGGUCAGAAAUAUUUAGAUCUAACUGCUUCUACAACCAAACAUGAUUUUACCGUACGAAAAAGUCUUUUUAUCGGGAACUACGAACAAGACUUCUCCAACUCCGCGGACAAAAUUUACGACGGGGUUGUUAACGAGCACCAGGUCUUUAACAAAGCUUUGUUCGAUUCCGCCAUAGAUAACUUCGAAUGGGAUAGAGAAAAGACACAAAACUUUAUGCUUGGAGUAACUAAAGUCCUUAUGUUUGGUGCUACCUUAGAGCUGGCUUAUUAUCACCUGAAGUAUCCAUCACAGGAAAGCUACUAUCGACACCAGUGGCAAGUUAAGUUUGAAAAGUUCAGACAAAAGAUGAUUGCUACAGACCACAAACUGGAAACUCAAUACGGACAUCAGCUGUCCAUAGACGUUGAUCGCUACGUCAUAAACCACGCCCAUUCCAGCAACAGUGAUAUUACAAACCACCUAUUUGACGUCAUAAACAGCAAGUACUAUUGGCGAAACUGGAUGGUAAUGGUAGCUGACCACUCAACUGACCCUGCAAAAUACGCUGUACAUACUUGUGGUGGAGUGACGAAUAACGCACAUGGUAAAAAUGUUGUGGUGGCCAGUGUUCCUAAAAAUAAGGCUCACUUGACGUCAAUUCAACAAAGCCAUAUUCUUCACACAAAAUCAUACGAAACUAGACAUAGGCACGGAGGAAGACGGCGGGAUAUCCAAAAGAGGAACCUUCCAUUUGGAGUAUAUGCGGUCGCCAUCCAUGCUGACGUCGUCUUAAGUCACAUGACUAAGUCAUGUGACACAUAUGGUUCUGUGGGGGUGGUUCACAAGGAUCUGCACCCCGGCUGGAGGUCUCCGUCAGAUCAUACUUUUCAUCGCUAUGAUGGUCAUUACUACAACUUGUAUGCGUUUGGAUAAAUGAAACUCUUGCUAAAAGUGAAGAAAAAAAAUGAAAAUGAAACUUAGAAUUAUUUUUUCUGCCAAUUUCCCUUUCUAAACAUAAUUGUCACAAAGGAUCGAACUAUGUCGAUGUUUUAUCAAAUUUAUUGAGAUAAA